ACAGAUAGUUCUGAAGAUGAUCUUUUAUUUGACUAUAAUAGAGUAGAACAAUUAGAAAAAGCAAAUCGAUUAGGAUCUGAGGAAAAUGAAAUUGAUAAGAAUGAAUAUAUUAACUAUUUAGUAGAAUCUCAAAAAAUCAAUAUUGUUGGUAAUAAUCUUGAAAAUAUAAGAUUAAGCGAAGAUAAUGAAGGGGAUAGUGAUUUAAAAUAA